AUGCCAUAAACCAAAUCAAAGAUCAUUAAAUAACCAGCAUUGGCUAAAAUAGAGUUGCAUAAUAUAUAUAAAGUAUAAUUAUAUCAUUUAUUAUUGAGGAUACAUUAAUAUAUGCCUAAUAAAAUCAAAUUCACCUUUUUGGAAUUGAUAAUUUGAAAAUGAGUCAUUCAGUAAAAUUUAAUUAAUCUGUUAUUGAUUAUACAGUGGAUCCAGAAAAAUUAUUAAUUGCAAUAAUGAUUGGUUUAGAUUUACUACUAUUUAAUCUUAUAUCUAUGAGAUAAAUUAGACAUUUUAAAAUAACUAUAGAUAUUUCAAAAGGAGUUGCUUUAAAAUUCUUUGAAGUAUUUUAUUUAAAUAUAAUUUAGAAUUAAAUUUGUGUAAGUUCAGGAGUUUCUUUAUAAUUUUUUCCUGUUUUUCCAUCUCUAUCUAUGCCUUAAUUUUCUUAAGCACUUAAUUUUCAUUCAUAUUGGGAUAAAAUUAAGGUUUUAGAGUAUUGUGUAAUAAAUAAAUUUGGAGUUUAAGAAAUGUUACUUAUUUUAGGAACAAUAAGUGGAUUAAUAUCAUUAUUUAAUUCAAAUUUCAAAGAAUUAUUUUCAAAAUAAUUUCAUCAAGGUUCAAUUAAUUAAUUUAGAUACUAAUAAUCAAAAAAAUAUGGUAAAAUUUUAUUAUCUAUUGGUGAUGAUUUAAGGAUUAAUUUAUAUAAUAUUGAAAAUACAUUUCUAAAAUGCAUUUAAAUGAUAACAUUUGAAUCUCAAAUUUUAGAUGUGCUAUUAUUCAAAAAUUAUUUUUUAGUCACAACUAAAAAUUAAAAUCUACUUGAAAUUUAUUAGAUUAAUGAAAGAAUGGAUUGUAAAAGAAUUGAUAUGGAUGGAGAAUUCAAGUUUGAUUUUAAAGAUAGAUUAUUCAAUAUUGGAGAAAAAGUAAUUGUAGUUAAGAAUUAAAUUUACUAUUGUAAGCUUCUAUGA